CCUAACGGAACCCCGCUCCUUCUACCGGAAAACGUCGUCUCCCAAGCACGGAAGUCGCCACGCCGGUAGCCCUCCUCACUCCUGCCGCUUAGCCACCCCCUCACCGCCACCUCCUCCUCGCCGUCGGAUGCGACGGCGGCGGCGGCAAUGGCGUCCUCCUCCGCCGCAGAGCCCGGCGCCCGCCUCUCCGAUCGGACGAAGAGGUCUCCCCUGGGUUUGAAGGCUAUGGUGCUCCUGAUGCACGUGGUGUUCGUCGGCGCCGUCUUCAUGCUCGAUUCGACCCUCGAUCGGCGGAUCCAUCAGGAACCGUGGUAUAUUGGAGCGUAUGGGGUGCUUGUUCUGGUCACCUUGGUGCAAUACUUCUACACAGCUGGUUCAUCUCCAGGGUAUGUUAUUGAUGCUAUGCAAGCUAGUGGCGGGAUGCAUGCAACCUUCAUCAAUACUGCCACUCUUUCAAAACAAUCGAGUUCAAAACAUGGAAGCUUAAAGUCCCCCAUGAACCGGCCUCAACUAGAGAAACCUAGUGCAAUGUCUUCGUCAUCAUCAUGGUUGCAUCAAAUCGUGGAUCUUUAUCCUCCUGGGUCAAGCAACAGGGAUUGGACGUGCGCAUACUGCAAAGUUUUUCAGCCACCUCGUACCAGGCACUGCCAUGAUUGUGAUAAAUGCGUCCUUCAGUUUGAUCAUCACUGUGUUUGGCUUGGAACAUGCAUUGGCAAAAAGAACCAUUGUCGGUUUUGGUGGUACAUAUUUGAAGAAACAAUCCUGUCUACCUGGACCGUUGCUCUGUACAUUGAGUCGCUGUAUUUAGACAUUGACAAGGCCUGGUGGAAGGAUUUUAUUGGUGUAAUCCUGUUGGCAAUAUUGAUAUUUAUCCUAAUAUUCCUGCUGCUGCUAUUGAUGUUUCAUACUUAUAUUGCUCUUACAAAUCAAACAACCUACGAAGUGGCGAGAAGGAAGAGGAUAUUCUACUUGAGGGGAGCUCCUGACAAAGUUCAUCCAUUCAGUAAAGGCAUCUGUAGAAACAUCUAUGACUUCUGCUUCUCUAGAGAGAGUGGUUUUGUUCUGGAAGCUGUGCCCCCACUCGAGGAGCUGGAAGCCAGAGCUGCUCCUUACACAUGCCGAGACAUAUUUUGCUGCCGGUGCUGUUGAUAUAUGUGCUCUACUGUAGCAUUCUUUACCCCCUCCCCCCCGGCAUGUACUGUAAUUCAUUCUUCAGAUAUAUUUUUUUCGCCAAUGGAAGCAAGCCUUGGAUGAGCUCACCAGUAGAUGUCCUUUCAGUUCAUUGUUCAUGUAAAAGCUCAUGUACAUUUCACCCCAAAAAAAUGUAUGUGGCCCGAGGUCCAGUUGGCUGUUGUGCCUAUGAUGUCUGAAAGUAGGUUGCAAGGACAGAAAGUCAGAAACUGUAUCGGGUGACCGUUUGUGCUUGUGUAAUCUGCAGUCGAGUUGUGAUCGUUGAUGUGA